GUGGCGCACACAGUCCCCUGGGGGACCUCAGAAAUGCACCUGUUGCUAAAUGUUUCAGCAUUUGUCCACACGGCGGAGAAAAGGCUUCUAAUAUCCCUGCGUCCUGCGGGAGAAGUGUGUAGAAACAGCGAGCAUCUCGCUUUGGACUGUUCCGAAAAACAUCAUUCGCAUUCUCGAUUUUAUAUCCGCUGCAAAGACACGCACUGGUGGACAGAAACCGGGAGCAUGUCAAGUCAUCGUGAUAACACCGGGCAGGGGCAGCCUGCUCAAGUUUGAGCCUGUCCCAGAAUGCACCAGCUGUUCCGUCUAGUGCUGGGACAGAGAGACCUGUCCCGUGCAGGAGACCUCUUCUCUCUGCAUGACAGCGAGAUUGAAGACUGUCUGUCCCAAGCCCUGGAGGAAAUCAAAGUCAUAUCCUGUUCACCAGACUAUUUGACCAGUGACAAUGACCAAGCGGUGGUGGAGAUCUGCAUCACGCGCAUCACUACAGCCAUUAGGGAAACAGGUUCGAUUGAGAGGCACGGAGCAGCUCUUGUGUCCCUGUGGGAGUCUUGUCUCGAGCAUAACCUCCAGCCGCAGGGCAAAGAUGAAGACACACCCCAUGCCAAGAUCGCCUCCGACAUCACCAGCUGCAUCUUGCAGAAUUACAACAGGCCUCCAGUGAUGGCGUUAGCGGUUCCUGUGGCAGUGCGGUUCUUGCAGCAGGGGAACCAAGAGCUGAGCAGAAACAUGUCCAGCUACUUGUCACUGGCUGCCAUUGCUAAAGCGGAACUCCUGGCCCAACACACAGAGGCCAUCACCCGCAGCGUGCUGGGAGGUAAUGCCAUGCUGCUGAGAGUGCUGCCAUCUGUGUAUCCACGACAGCCAGAGCCCAUCCAUCAACACAUCCGUGAACUGACGGCGAUGAUGUCCCAGUUGGACCAGUCCGGCAGACAGCACCUGCUCAGACUACUGCAGAUGAUCUCUGAGCAUCACCCCUUGGUAUUGUCGUCUUUGGUGCCAUCGUUGAUUGGUUACAUCAGUGACAGUGAUCUCAGUGACACUGCCUUGGGAGUGCUGGUGAACAUGGCUCAGGCAAACCCCGCCUCUCUCGUUUCCUUCCUGUCCACCCUAAGAAUUGUGGGUCAGAAGAACCCUUGGUUGUUGGGACACAUCGCUAAGAUCCAUGGGGCAGUGGGUCUGACUAGUGAGGUCCAGGCUCGCAGGGCGCUGCAGUAUCUGGUGUCACUGUUAGCAAGUAUGGAGCACAGUGCCCAUCACACACUACUGCUGGAAAUCCGCUGCCUGACCGAUCGCUACACCUCCAUCCUGGGAGGCGGAGUAAAAGACAUCUACCGCAUGAGCAACAGUUUCACCGCCAUUGCGCGACUUUUGGGACGCAAGCUGGAAGAUGACAGUACACUUAGCAGAGAGGAGGAGAAUGUGCGGGAUUUGUCCAGGCCAUGUGAAGCCGAGUCUAGUUCUGACAUGUUUGCUGAGAACCAGCAUCUGCAGGUGAAGAUCCAGGCUUUCGAACAGAAGAUUGGGGAUGAGGUGGAGGAGUUUGAGGGAGACGGUGCUUCCCCUGGUCCUCAGAGACGCCACAGUCUGUGUCAGGCAGCACAAGACGAGCGCAGAGAGAUGAGGUUCAACAGGUCAAAGAGUCUGGCUCUUCACGCUGUACGCACGCGAUCCAUUAACUCUGACAGCAGUCCAGAGGGAGAAAGGGUGGAUCUGAGCGCAGAACUCUGUGUCUGUGAGGCCAGUCCCAGCCCAGAGACCCGUCCUGCCCUCACGAACCUGCAGGAGAGCCACAAACUCACAGAGACUCAACCUGACACAUCUCCAAACAGUGAGGGGCAAAAGGUGCUGGUUGGAGACCCCCAGGAGGGAGAUAGACUCUGGAUCCAUCUAAGAGACAACAUGGAAGAAAUCAAAAACUUCUGUGCGGAAAUGAUCAAACAGAUCCCCAUACCUGAGCACUGUGUCAUUGAAGACUCACAUCGUGGCUGUGUAGCUAAGUUGUCCUUCUCCUGUCCACUGAAAGGACACUACUGCCUCUACGGGAAGUCCUGUUUCUCUCUGUGUAGCCACCAGCCACACCUCUGGAUCCAAAUCAUGCUACUGGCACUGCAGAGUAAAAUGAGCGAGGCGUUGUGCUGUCAGGAUGAGUGUGUUAAGCAGCUGAGGAAACUUUGGGAGAAAACACAGCUGACGGGAGCUCACAGCUUUGAACUGGCCAUGACCCAGGCAACUGUUCCUCACAAGAAGGAUGUGGACAGUUUGCAGAUGCAUCUGGAGGAGGUCCGUUUCUUUGACCUGUUCAGCUACAGUGAAGAGGAGGGUGGCUGGCUCUGUUUCAUGUGCAGUAACCCUGAGAAAGCAACAGUUGUUAACCAGGAUGGCCAGCCACUCAUUGAGGGGAAGCUGAAGGAGAAACAAGUGCGCUGGAAGUUCAUCAAAAGGUGGAAAACACGUUAUUUCACCCUCGCCGGCAACCAGCUUCUCUUUCGAAGAGGAAAAUCGAAGGAUGAACUGGACAACAGCACAAUUGAACUAAGCAAAGUGCAAAGUGUUAAGGUGGUUGCAAAGAAAAGACGUGACCGCAGGCUGCCCAGAGCCUUCGAGAUCUUCACCGACAGCAAAACCUACGUGCUGAAAGCUCAAGAUGAGAAGCAUGCCGAAGAGUGGCUGCAGUGCAUCAAUGUGGCUGUGGCGCAGGCCAAAGAACGUGAGAACCGCGAGGCCACCACAUAUCUGUGAUGCUUGUUCUGAUGAUCAAAAGCCAGAUGGUUAUGUCUUAAUGCCACGUUAACCACUAACCCAUGUUUGAGAAACCCUUGAAUUUUACUGCCAGCUCCUCUGCGCUCUCAGUAUACAGCAAGAGCCAAUAUAAUCUUGACAGCAAUAAUAUCAUACUACAUUUAGCACUUUCGUCAAAUCACGUGAACUGUUACAUCAUAUAAAAUAAUUGAGCUGGAUUGAUUUCACAAAAGGACCAAAAGCAUCAAGAAGUGCCUCUAAUAAUCAGCAGAUGAAAUCAUUCACCACUGGGGAUACGGAUGUGUAAAUGGAAUGGCAAAACAGAUCUUGGUACACACUGUUCUUUGGCCGCAGGAACUUGCGUGUCAGAAAUGUUGAUCAAUGUCUCCUUGAAUAACACAGAGGACCUCUCCGAAGUUCUAGAGAACCGCAGAACAAUGGCGGUGAAAGAAAUUCGUUCCACUGGUAUCUGCUUGAGAGCUGCGUUUCGUGCGCUGGGGUGGGCUUUCAUGUCUUAAGGCAAAGUUUGUCCCUUUUUCUCCAUGGAUGAAUACUAGUUAUGUUGUACAGUAACAGUGACUCAGAUUGAAGCCUUUUAUCUAUUUAUAGUAAUAAUUAUUUUGUCAUGCAAAGACACAUUGGGUCUCUUACAAUAAGUUCUGCCAUAUGACAAAUGGUUUUGGCUCUAGAAUGUUUAGAUUCAGAGAGAACAGAGGGUGAAAUUAUAUCUCUAUCUUUUUCUGCUUCAGUGUUGAUGUAGUUACUGUGGUUUGGCUUCUGAAGAUUAUCGUGCUUCUGGACACUAACCUUUUUUUUUUUUUUUAAUGCAGUGGGGUGAAUUCCCUGAAAAGUAAUAUAACUUUUGCCAGUGUUGUUUUGGUGCCAGUAAAGGAAUUAAAUUAGACAAUGACUCAAACAUACCCACAGAAUUAGUACUGAACACAGUGUGCUCACAUUGAACGUACAUUAAUUCAGAAAUUAAACAAGUGGCAGCCACAUCAUGGCCGAUUGCACCACAUACAAAACAUGAAAUGUCCCAGGCCUGAUCCUCUCUCUCGCUCCACUGGCAUCACUUCUUUUUCUGGCAUCUCUUCAUAUAGUUCCUCUGUGAGACUUGAGACUGCUCAUUAGUCCUCACGCCACCGUCCUCGAUCCAUUCCAAUGACUCUCAUCCCUGACCUGUUUGCAACGAUCAUAUUAUACACAGAGGUCUCUCUGAGGUAUCUAUGCUUUAAUGCUUUCUCUCUGAUAAACUGGCCACUUUGAUUCUUCACUUGAGCCUUUUUUUUUGGAUGACUUUAUUCAAAAUGAGAAUAUUUAUUGAUUUUUAAAGAACUGAAGCAGUUUAUGAUGGGAUGUCUGACAUGAAACAGUCGGCCUUUACAUUGUAGCAUUUGAUUCUGUCAUUAAAUAUUGACAAAGUAGUGUUUUUUGUGACAAAAAAGACAAAAAUAGGUUAAUAGUGUGAAAAGCCCAAUUUUAGUUGAAAUUCUCAACAUCCAAAAAACAAACAGAAGUAUCUCCACAGAUGUUUCUUGUUUUGCUUCACAGUGUUGAGUUCCUCUGUUUAUUUGCUUGAGUUGACAGCGUAAUCCAGUCAGGAUGCAUGUCAGCAUCUUGUAGUGUUUAUUUAGCUCUCACACCCUUAAGGGCCCAUAAGGGCUUUCAGCUCAGCAAGGUGCCUCAAGGUCCCUAGAUGUGUGUAGACCCAAAAAACACAUUUAUAUUUCCAUGGUUUGUUACAAUUUUUUGUUCCAUGUGUUGGGGUCUCUGAGCCAAAUUCCUAUUUAUUUUGAAAGGGUUUUUUUUUUCUUGUGUUUUUAGUUCAUCUGAUUUCAAAUGCACUUCCAGGCAGCUGUAUAAAUAAUCUGCCCAAUUACAUACUAAAUGAAGGUGUGCACAUGUGCACAUGACCUCUGUGACAUGAGCAUGGCUUAUUUUAGUGUUGUUUCUCCUGAGGGACGAAUGUCUAUUUUCCUUGUAUUGAAUGCUGGAGGGUUUAGUCCUCUGAUGAACAUACUGCUGUUGUUAUUUUUUGUUGUUGUUAUUGUUUUUUUAAAUACUGGAAUGUACAGUGAAAGAACUGGAAGAGCCG